UCUACAUGUUAGGUGCCAUUGCACUCGGACCUUUGGGAAAACUCUAUACCCUGUGUUUUAUAGUAAUGUCUUGUUUAUAGGUAAGAAAACUACUUGAUGAGACGGGGCAACACCUAGUAAUCGACGUGAAUUAUCCCACUUGUUGUUAUUAUUGCCGUGUGAGGAAGGACCAUCAAAAUUCCGGUCCCGAGCGAAUUUCGGCAAGCCCGUGCAGGGAGAGCCGAGGACACCAUGAACACCAGGCCGAGGAAAAACCGAUCCAGCUCCGCAAGGGGCGGACGUGGAAAGACAGUAGAGAGGCAAGUGUCUGCAGAAGGAAUAUACAGUAACCACCGUUUUAUACAAGCCGUGGGAGUGUUGGUUGGCCUCCCAGUACAGAUUCAAACUAAGACAAAUGAUUUAAUUGAAGGAGUGUUUACAACAUUUAGUCCCAAUUUUGACCUGGUGUUAGAUAUGGCUCACCCAGUGUCACGGUCAGACCCAGCUCUCAUUAAUCCAGAAACUGUUAAACGGAAGAUGAUAUUUACAGCACCAGAUAUCGUAACUAUCAAGGUGGCAAAUGUUGACCUAGAAUACGCUACUAGAGAUGGGUUUCAAGUAGAUACGACCAUUAGCCGAUUUAAUGGUCAAGUGAGUGAGAAGCCGCUAGAGCCAUGGCAAGGUGAUGUUACAACAGAAGAUAGCAUUACUUUAGGAGAUGAAAGUUCGAAUGGAUGGGAUGUGGAUGAUAUGUUUAGGAAGAAUGAAGAAAAAUAUGGUGUAACUACUUCCUACACACCUGACAUGGUUGGAUAUACAACUCCACUCAAUAGACGUAACACACGGGAAUACAGAGAGCGGGAAGCUAGAGCAUCUAUUAUUGCUGAAGAAAUUAUGAGUUCUCCAGGAGCUAGAAUGCGAGCUGAGAUGGAGAACGGUGAUGAAGAGGAUAAGUUUUCAGCUGUAUAUCGGCCAGAUCAAGCUAGUGGUGGCAGUGGAGGAUGUGGAGGCAAGUAUGUUCCACCAAUGUUACGCAAAAAGAACCAAAAUAGUGGCAAGUUGAUGCGAUCAACACCACCACCUCAGGGCGCUCGACACAACAGUCACGGUGGUUCCAACCCGACCACACCCACCUCACCAUCAUACCCAGGUCCUCCCCAGGGAAGUUCUGGCAGCCAUAGCCCAAUUGGUGGCCCUGGAGGUGCUUCACCAGGUUAUCCUCCUCCACAACAAGUUUCACCUGCAACCCACAGUCCCUCCCCAGCAAGUCACCCAGCAGUGCAACGCCAUAACUCCCAAGGCAAUCACCAUGCCCAUACUCAAGACGGCAAGGUCAACGGAGAUUCUAAAGGUUCUUACGACCGCAGAAGCCAUGAAGGUCCCAUGUGUGAGAACAACAGAGAGAGUCAUCAUAGUAAUGACCACAGUAACAAACAAGAACUUCAUGGCCGUCAGCACCACUCUGCCUCUCACUCAGAUGGUGCUCAUCCCAAUCAGCCACAGCAGAAGCCGAAGCAGCAGCCUCCACAGCAUUCACAUCAGCCAAACCAACAUGUGAGCCACAUGCCACCAGUGGGGCAGGGUGACCAUCGCAAAGCAGAACCUCGAGAGCAGAGGGAGCCUCGUAAACAGCGCUCCAACAAGGACGAACAGAUUGCAGACUUAAAGAAAUUUGGUGCGGACUUCAAAUUAAUUGAUCAAGCUGAUAAAAAGCAACAACAACCACAACAGCAACAACCGCAACAGCAGCAGCCUCAGCAACAGCCAGCACAGCAGCAGCCACCCCAGCAGCAGCAGCCUCAGCAACAGCCUCCUCCACAGCAGCAACCGCCGCCUCAACAACAACCUCCUCCACAGCAGCAGCCACCACCACAACAGCAGCCACCUCCACAGCAAUCGCAGCCACCACCACCACAGCAACAGCCUCAGCAACCUCCACAGCAACAACAGCCACCUCCACCAACUCAGCAGCAGCAGCAACAGCAGCAGCAGCAACAGCAGCAGCAACAGCAACAACAGCAGCAACAUCACCAACAGCAGCAGCUGCAGCCUCAGCCUCAACCUCAGCACCUUCCUCCCCAGCAGCAUCCACCUCAGAGGCAGACAUCCCCAGUUACAACACCUGUCCCUGCUGGUCCCCCUCAGGCAGUGCCCCAGAGCACUCAUCACCAGCAGAAUCCCCCUCCAAUGACCAUGAGCCCAGCAACUGACUUGAGCAAGAGUCAUGAUGAUGUGGAGAAGAUAACUGUAACUAACUCUAAAUUGAAUCCAAAUGCGAAGGAGUUUAUAUUCAACCCUAAUGCGAAACCCUUCAGUCCAAGAUCACCUAGCACAACCACCCCACCAAGGCCUCACACCCCACAGACACCUCAGAUCCCAACAAACCAGCUGCAACAGAUGGCAGGAGGACCACCUGUGGGUUACCAGCCAACAGUGAUGUCAGCAGCUUACGUCAUGACUCCCCAGCCAUUUGCUAUGCAGCCUCAGCCACCUAGAUUUCCCAAAAGAGUGCCAGGCGGUAACAAUCAGCGUCCAGAAUAUACGUCACAGAUGCAGGUAGCAGCAGCAACAGGACAACCUAUUCUAGCGCCAGCACCCAUGAACACUCAGCCACAGGCGAUAACUGCUGUUCAAAUACCACAGAACAUGUUGCCACAGACACCAGCACAUUAUCAGCAAUACCCAGGGAUGCAUAUGAUACCAGUACGGUUUCCUCCCACUGGAAUGCAAAUGGUAACGGCAGUGGUGCCAACAUCAAUGGGAAUGUAUCAUCAGAAUGCAGAGUCCCAGCAGCAAUCACAGCAACAUAGUCACCAAACUAUGUUUAUGGCUUCCACUACCCUCCCGCCCCACCAGCCACAUCCUACUCACACUCCAGGUCCUGGCCCACAACCAGCGCAACCACCAACUCCGCAGAAUCCAGGAGGAGGUGGUGGGCCUCCAAACAUGCCAACACAGCCUCCAACUCCUGGACCUACCCCACCACAGCCUCUAAUUUAUCCACCCCAUAUGGCCGGACAACCAUCUCUGCCUCAACACUUGUCGCAACACUCUCCUCAUACAGCCCCUUCACCCCAUGCUCACCAGUAUCCUGGUCAGAAUGCAGCAGCUGCUGGACACCAUGGAGGGCCUGGUCAGCAGAUGACUACCCAGAUUGUGAUGCUGCCCCCCAGCAUGCAAGCAGGUCCACACAUGAUACACCCUUCAGGACCACCUCCACAUUCUGCUACAGCACACAUUCCCUCCUCCAUGGCGGGCUUUACUCCCACUUCAUCUGCCGCUGUACAGCACAUGCCUUCAGCCCCUCAUAUUCAAUACAUGCAAGGUACACCUGGCAGCCAUCAUCACUUGCCCAUUGUCCAUCACAGCCAAUGAAGCCUGGGCUUAGUAGGAGUAAAUCUGCACCAUCCCCAGCCUUCAGUUGUGUCUGCCUGAGUGUUUGGCCUCUGUGCAGAGUGGGAAUUUCUCUGCAUAGUGAAAUUGGGGAUGUUAUGUUACUGUUGUCAUGUUGAGAGAUGUAUCUAGGGUAGCUUGGUUACUACAAUGAUCACUGUACACUACUACACUGAUAUGGCUGUUGUCAUACCAGUUAUGUGCAAAGCAUUAGGAGGGUGGGUGUUGUUUCCUAAAUUUUUGUUUAUAUUCAAUGAAACCAAGGGGAAGUUAUGCAAGGGUAAUUUAAUAUACGGGUAUGCUACCUUUUUUUCUUUACGUUUUAGUGUUUCAGGAAAGUUUCAUGAUACAUAAGUAAUAGGGACAGUUGCUAUCAUAGACACAAGCAGUCAAUAUAUAGCUGUAUGCUUUUUGACAGGGAGGUCGGUAUUUAUUGUUGCGAUAAGAAGAGGGAUAGCAUUUUAAAGUGACUACUUUUGAAAGGUAGCCCUCAGAUUUGUAGUAGUAGUGUAAUAUUUUUAUUUAAAGAUAAAAGAAGUUCAUGUGUUAUGGGACAAUAUCAAAUGCAGAGUUUAGAUGCUAUUGAUGCCAAGUAUCAGGUAGGCAGACUGGAGAGCUGGGUGAUGUAGUUGUGAUGUCCAGGUGAUAUAUGUCACAUGGAUUUAUCAGUAAAAAAGUAUUUAUUGAUUAGCAAUAUUCUAUGAGAGACAGAAUGAAUGAGGGGCCAGUCAGACAGCUAGCCCAACAAAAUUAAAUAUGAAGUGUGAUUUGCCUUAUCAUGUUUUGAAGUAAGUCUCAGUAAAAUGAAUCUGUGUUGUGACUUGUAAUGGAAAGCCAUACAGCAAUGUUGAUACCAAGGGCUCUUUUGUCACACCAUAUUUUGUACUGACUUGCUAAAAGGCAUCUCAAACUCCCCUCCCCUACUUCCCUAGCCCCACAUUCUUCAAAAGAAUCAUAUGGAAUGAUUUGGAGUCUGACUGGGAUGAUUAUGUGGCCAUUACAAACAUUCAACCUUUUCCUUUUCACAUUGUUGAAUUUCUAUUCAUUUACAUCUAGAUCAGGAUACAAAGCUGUGCAGUAGUGGUGAUGACUGUGUACAGUUUGGUGUCCAGCAGCUGGCUGGUGAUACUGCGGCAGCAAUGCUUACUUUUCUCUGAAAACAAAAGUAAGCUGUUUUAUAUACACCUCUUUUUUAUAAGUUGCCUAGCUAAAAUUACUUGCCUCUAUUUCUUGACUUUCUGUCUUACCAAAUCUCUUGGGCAAAUGUGGUAAGCUCACAGAAUGAAUUAGCAAGUAUGGGCGAAACAAGGAGUAUCAGAGGCGAUCAGAAAGCUGUCAGUUUGGAAAAUAAAUUUGUAAUAAAAAUGUCACUCCAUUUCCAUAAGUAAAUAAAAGUGGAGAAACAACAUAAUAUGCAUACUUGUUUUUUUUUCGUUUUUAUGUAUUAGUUAUUUUAUUUCUUUUUCAUCAGAAAUGAAAUCAUGUGUAAUAUUUUGCUGAUGCAUUACAGUUACAAUUUUUUUGUAUAAAGCUUUUUCACUUCAUCAUCUGUUACUGCUCUACAAUGUUCUGUGUAAAUGACAGCAAAGUCCUGUUACUCAUGGCAAGGAACUGAACAGCCUCUGCAAAAACAAGAGGUGAGAAAUUGAAAAAAUGGAAUAAGUUCCAAAAAUCACUAUUUUAAAACAAAUUCAGAGGCCAGGAUAUGGUUAAGGGAAUAAUUUGUUUGGCUCUUUUUUUCCACCUCUUGUAGUCUUCACUUCAAUGAUGGGAAAAUGUAGAAUAUGACAGCUAAACAUGUGAUGCAUUGUUAAAAAUUGAUGCUGUUUAUUAUUUAUAUAUUGUGUAUGAUACACUUGGUUACUUAAAAACCACCUUAUGAGAACAUUCAAACCUUACAAGGUAUUUUACAUUAUUCAGUUGUUUUUUUUGUUCCAUACGAGAGAGAAAUUGAUAUGCAACUGAAUUAAAAAAAUAAAGGAAUUUGUAUGAAGAAAAAAAUUCAAAGAUCAUUUGCUUUGUGAGCAGAGAAUUGUACAAGAUAUUUAAGUAUGUUGGAGUGGAAGCUAUGUGUUUGAGAGUUUUGCGCUAGUGUGAAAGUAUGAAAGUGAAUAUUGCAUGCGUUCAGAUGCCAGUGUGAACUGUGUACAGCAUUAGUAAAACUGUUCCCCUGUCCUGUAACUCCCUCACUACUAUCUUUUCUCUUAUUUUUCCAUGUUCCUUGAUGUGUCUGUGGACAAUAUUGUCACUAUUUAUUACUAUAAGGAUGAAUCUCCUACCAAGGAUUCAACCAGUGAUAACUUUAUUCUUGCAGAUACACUGAGAAUAGCUGGCUAUUUUUCUUAUGUACUGGUGUUGCAGGCAGUUGAGAGUAACGAGAGAUGCAGGGCAGUCACUUUAAACUUGUACAUUUAGGGUUUUAUAAGAAGUGUUUCUUUUAUUUAGUAUUAUUUACAUUCAUAUAAUGUUUCCAAAAAGGAUAACAUUAUCAGGAUUUACUCUUCUAUUAAUUAGUUUGAUUACAUAUGAUUUUAACCUUAAAUUUUCAAUGUUUGAAACUGUGUUCGAGAGAGAAUCCACAGAUACACUUUUAAACGAAGUCUGCCACUGCAUAAGCUAGAUAUUUUCUUAUUCUUCUUCUCAAUAAUAACUGUAUGCAAAUGUGCUAGUAAGCUGAAACAAUUGUUAUUUUGUAAAAUAAUUUUUUUUUCCAUGUAGAUUCCCUUAAUUUUGUUUUAACUGCCUGCAGUAAACUUAAUAUUCCUCCCUACACCAUUUCCUGCGUCUCUGCUAUUAUUUCUCUUCUCUCUCUCUCUUGCAAGGAAAUUAAUCCUUUUCGUUACUGCCACAACAGGAGUCGUCAGGGCGCAGCAUAUGUAGAUGUUGAAGUUACACAUUAACUUCACUGCUAAAGAUGUAGGUCUCUCACUUCUCUCUUGCAGGGGAAUGUAUGAUGCUGUAUCAUUCUUGUAGCAAUCUUUCUUUAUGUAUUUUUUUUAUUUUUAUUUUUAUUAUUUUUUUUAUUUCAUUAUGAUAUUAAAGUCGGAAGUUUUUAUAUGUGAACAUUGAAGGAUUUAUAUAUGAAGUUUAAAAAAGAAACAUUGUUGAAUAGAUAUGGAAAAUUGCUAAACUGAAAGUUAUAUGUAUUAAGAUAUUUAGAAUGGGAGAAAAGUAAGCAGGGUUAUAAUAAAACGAACAUGUUAUGAAUGGGAAGGAAAGUGAAGGGUUUCAUCUCUCUUAAUGUAUUGUGCCACCAAUAUUGUUAUCAAACAGGAACACGGAAGAAGUUGGCAAUAACACUAAAAGACGUGAUGCCCAGUACUCGAAACUAUUGAGAAUGUAGUCAAAAAUACAAAAGGAAACUUCCCAUUGUGUAGCAGCUGAAACUCACAGCUAAAGGCUAUAAAUAAAGAGAAAAGUUUA